AUGGAUAGGGUCGGCGGAGCGAGUGGGGGAAAUGCGCAGCAAACGCUGCUGCGCAGAUCGGGGGAGCAGCGUAGCAUACUAAGUCGGCUGGGCGCAGCACUGGAGCUCUCUGUGGCUGACGUGUUCGUUUCUGUUGAGGGGGUAGGGCAGGGGCGGCUGGUUGGGUAUGAAGAUGAGCUAAUUCGCUUGGUACGGGAGUUCGGCGGCAAGACCGAGUUGGGCAGCGCACCUGUUGAUGGCGGAGCAAGAGCGGUCACCCGAAUUCCUGCAGGCACAGCAGCGGCAUACAUACGAGUGAAGGAGUUCUACCUUCAGCGUGGAUUGUGUAACCGGAUGGCACUCUCUGAGGAGCUCUCUUCAUUGAAGAUGAAAGAGGGGGAGGGGGUGGCUGCAUACUGGGCGCGUGCCGAGGACUUGAGGUCCAAGUACUUGGCAGCAGGAGGAAAGGAGGAGGUUGAGGAGUGGAUGAUGAGGAUACUCAAAGGACUACCUCCUCACUUUGAGAUGCUGAAGGUGGUGUUGAACAACCAGUCAUCAUCGCUCACUAAGGAUCAGCUGCUUACCUCCUUGAGGAGCGAGGAGAUGCGGAUUGGUGUCGCACCAAGAUCGGAUGGUGUAGCCACAUUUGGAGCGGGUACGAAAGUGGGCAGCAGCGGCAGGGGAAAUUGGGUCAAGGGAGGAAAGCAUGGAGACAGCGGUAGCAGCAGUGACACCAACUCGGGCAGAUGGGGUCAAGGCAAAGGCAAAGCGGGAGUGCUUGAUUUCCUUUGGGGGUCCAAGGGCAUGGCUCCUCGGGGGUUGUGUCAUGGCUGUUGGGAUGAGGGACAUGCAUGGCAGCGAUGUCCUCAUCGACCUAAGGGAGGCAUUCCGGCAUUCUUACAGCGGGGGGGUCGUGGGUCCAACGGCAAGGCACAGGUGGCGGAUGAGGAGGAGCAGGAUGACAAGGCAGAGGCAGUGGUUGGAGAAGCAGUUGCAGCAGUGGGAGAGGAGCAGCCGCGAGAGGGGUGGUGGAUUGACAGUGGGGCCAGCCACAACUUUACUCCUUAUGCAUCGGACUUCAAAAGUAAGCUUCAACCACCAGAGGUUCGGGGAGUUAGAUUGGGAGAUGGACGGGUGGUGAAAGCUGUUGGCAUGGGUGAGGUGCCAAUGGUUGGUGCUGGAGGUCAGCUGCUGAGGAUUCAAAAGGUCCACCUUGUGCCUGAGAUGCACACGCGUCUGCUGUCAGUCCCACACCUCACCUCUCGAGAUGUCAUUGUCACAUUCAAAGGCAAGAGAUGUGUCCUUCAACGGGGGGAGCGGGUGUUGGCGAUUGGAGAAAAGGAGAGGGGAAGGGACCAUGGAUUGGUGCGGAUGUUUCUUCCUCUUGCUCAGGGCACACAGGGCAGUGCUCUUGCAGCUAAGUCGUCCUCCUCAUUUUCCCCAUUGACCCUUGCCCAUCGCCGCCUUGGUCAUACCGCCCCCACAACAUUGCAACAGAUGGCUCGGGGGAACAGUGUACUGGGCUUGGAGAUUGGGGGGGGGAACACUGAUUGUUCCCCAUGUGAGCCCUGCUUAUUGGGAAAGUCGGCUCGGAAGCCGUUUCCCCAUGAGGCGUCUCGGGCACUUGGGCCUUUGGAUGAGGUCCACAUGGAUUUGUGGGGGCCGGUGCGCACACCAUCACUGGGAGGAGCGGUGUAUGUCCUCAGUCUCAUUGACGACUUCACCAGACGAGUUUGGUCGUUCCCCCUCCCCAACAAGGAAUCGGCCAUAGUUGCAAAAGUCCUUCGCCAGUGGCAUAAGGACGUGGAGUUGGAGUGUGGGCGGAAGCUGAAGGCUGUUCGCUCGGACAGGGGUGGCGAGGUCACCCACAGUGCUUUGCCUGCCUCCAUCACACCAAUGGAGGCGUGGUCCGGCCAGAAGCCGCAUGUGGGCAUGGCUCGGAUUUGGGGUUGCAUGGGGAGUGUCAUGUUGCAUGGGCAUGAGAAGGGUGGCAAGCUUGAUGCACGGGCUGUCAUGUGUGUCUGUGUUGGGGUGGACAUGGAGAGCAAGGGUUGGCGCAUGCUGGACCCUUCUAUCAUGCGCAUUCGCAUUGCUCGGGAUGUUGAUUUCCUUGAGAAUGUGAUGUGGAAGGAUUGGGACAAGGCAAAGGAAUUUGGGGAGCUUCUGCAGGAUGCAGCUGCAAUUUCCCAACUCCUCCCUCUUCCACUCUCGCCACCUUCAGCAACGGCUGACGACGUUGAGAUGCCACUUUCACCACUGCCACCGGCACCGCUGAGUGUGUCGGUGCAGCAGCAGCCCACCCCUCUGCAGCAGCUCAGUGGCCCCUCGGUCAUUCAGCGGAGAUCCGCUACACAGGCUACUUCCUCUUCCUCCUCCUCUGGUCAGCGCUCUAUCCCUCUCUCUACGGGUGCCCCUCCGUCACCAGCGACUACCUCCCCACCACCGGUUACGGGUUUGCAGGUGCUUGGUAUCCAGUCUGGUACAGGUGGUGAGGAGGUAGGGGGGGAUGCUGGUGUGGUUGAGGGCAUGCUAUGUUUGGCCAGGGAGGUGGAAGGUGUUGCACUGGCAGGUGUGAGCACAGGUCAAGGAGGUGCUUGCUCAGAGGUACCAGAUGAAGGAUCUAGGAAUGGUACUUGGUCAACUGAGGAAGGUGUUGCAGCUGAUGUCAAGGUGUACCAGAGUCUCAUUGGCAGCUUGAUGUAUGCUGCUGUGACCACCCGUCCUGACAUGUCUUUCACUGUCAACACCCUUGCACAGUCCUGCGUGGCACCAGGACGCAUUCACAUGCGCGCUGCACUGAGAGCACUCAGCUUGCAGCUGCAUGAGAACCUGGAGCGCAUCGGCAUGCGAGUGAUUGCUGCGAAGGCCAAGGCUUCAUUCGCUGGAGGGGUUGUAUUUUGA